AUGACAGAAGAAAGAAAAUUACUAAAACAUCAAAUUGAAUUUCAAUUACAGCAACAGCUACAGAAAUAUCAAUCUACCUAUCAAACACCAUAUCAGAUAAGGCCUUCUUUACAACAACAACAGCAACAACAGCAACAGCAACAGCAACAGCAACAGCAACAGCAACAGCAACAGCAAUAUAGUCAUAGCCCACAGAAUCAUCCACCACUUCCACCGUUACCACAUCAUCAACAACAACAUAAUAAUAACAAUAGUCAAUAUAGUCGUUCACCCAAAGGUGGUAUUUUAUCAAUAUCUUCUCAACCACCAUCAACACCACAACCACCAUCAACCUAUUCAAUAAAGUGUAGUACAAGUCGUUUCGAUCAAAACAGUGAUAGCAGUUAUUAUAAUCAGAAUCAUCAUUUCGAGGUAGAACCAGAGGAAUCUGAAUUUGAAGAACCAGAGUUUGAAAGUGAAGAAUUAGAAAGCGAAGAAGCAGAAUACUCUUGUUAUACACAAACUGAAAAUUAUUAUUACCCUUACGACGACAGUUCAGAAAUGUCAGAUACUGCUUUGGCAUCUCCAAAGUCACAUUUGGACGGUGCCUCUGAAUUAACAAAAAAUAAUAGCAAUAACAACAAUAAUAAUAAUAAUAAUAAUAACAAUCAUAAUAUUCCAACUAUUACAACAACAUCAACAACACCAUCAUCAUCAUCACCACCAUUAUUAUCAACGUUACCACCAAUAAUGCAACCACCUCCACCAUUAAUGGCACCACCAAUGUUACCAAAUAACAACAGCAACAAUAAUAUAAAUCAUAAUCAAUCGGAAUCAAUAGACUAUACAGCACGUUGGUCUAUUUUACAUAAUAAGAUGAAAUGCGUAGACGACAAGCUGGAUCCAUUGAAGCGUGGAUCGAUUUUGAUAGAGCAUCUCUCAGAGAUGAACAAGUUGGCAGCAUCACAGGUGAUGGUGAUGAACGAAGAGGAACAGGUCAACUCGGACGGAAAGGACAGCGACGAUCUCUCUGUGAGCAGUGCCAACCCACCAAGUGACACCAUCGUACUCACUGGAAUCAAGUUGUUUAACGAUAAGCCACGCAAAGGUGUAGAAUACUUUUUGUCACAGGGACUCAUUGAGAAGACACCACAAUCGAUAUCAGAGUUCCUACAUACAUGUCCACUGCUGAACAAGCGUGCAAUCGGUGAUUACCUCGGUGAAAGCGAUGCUUUUUGUAUCGAAAUACUCGAGGCAUUCAUCGCAAGAUUCAAUUUUCAGGACUUGGAUUUCGACAUGGCACUUCGUCAGCUUCUCUAUUGUUUCAGACUGCCUGGUGAAGCUCAGAAAAUAGAUAGAAUCGUACAAAGAUUCGCUAAUCAAUUUUAUAGAGAUAAUAUUAAAAGUGGUAUAUUUGAAGAUCCAGACGCUGUAUAUAUAUUGGCAUUUGCUAUUAUUUUAUUAAAUACCGAUGUUCAUAGUCCUGUUAUCAAGGCGACAUUGACCAAACAGAAAUUCAUAAAAUCACUCUCACGUAUCAACAAUGGCAAAGAUCUUCCUCUCGAUUACAUAGAGGAUCUAUAUGAUAGAAUUUGUUCAGAUGAAAUCAAAAUGAAUCCAUCAGAUGCACAAUUCCCGUAUGCAGUUAAAAAAGGAUGGUUAUAUAUUAGAGUAAAAGGAAAGGUAACAGAAAAGUGGAGUAAGAAAUGGUGUAUUCUAAGUGAAGGAUCACUCUAUUUCUUUAGAAAGCCAAGUGAUACUAUUCCCAUUCGAUAUUUACAUCCAACCGUUAUCACACCACAAGGCAAAGAGGUCAAGGGUAGAAAGUAUUGUUUCAACCUCAACCAUAGUUCGCCACCCAUCUUGAUGGACAUGAUUGCCAAAGAGAUGAAUCAAUUGUCGACCAACAAACACAAAGCACUUGCCAAUCAAGUUGACCAACAGCAACAACUGGUAUUCCAAAAGAUGUUGCAAAUGACCGCCAAAGAUCGUCCUAAAGUACCGAGAUUCUGGGAUAGCGUUGCCGAGAAGAUGGGUGACGAACUGAGUCCGAGCGUCAACAAUAUUCUGCGGUUGGAACAGAUGCCCGUCGAAGUACUCGACACCGAUUCAGUGAGCUCUGUCGACACACUCUCGGAAUCUUCGCAAUCCGCUGCCUUUUACGAAGAGGAGAGUGUCUCCAGUUCGAUCUCUUCAAGUUCCUCCUCGCCAAACUCACCGCUUUCCAGCUCGGUGCAGCAACAGCACGGUGGCAAAUAUCUUGACGUCACAGAUCCAAAGAAGAAAGGAUUCUCAUUGCGAUUCGGCAAGGCAAAGAAAGAACAACUACAGAUGCAACAACAACAAGGAUAUCAAGAGAGUUUGGCACGAGAACGUGAAGCUGCCGCCGCCGCUGCUGCCGGUGGAACCACCAACAACAACAACAAUAACAAUGGAUACCCACCAAAUCACUCACUGACACAACCAAGACCUUCGCCAACACCCUACAAACCUGGAUCAUCCUCUUUGAUUAGAUCAUCGAGUAUCUCAACGUUCUCAACACCCUCAUCGAUGUUGUCUUCAUCGCCAGCCUCAUCACCAUUGUCCGGAUCCACCAACUCCAACAGUAGCAACCAAAGUUCUCCAGGUGUACCAUCAUCUGCAUUAUCUUCAACAUCCACUACACCAAGUAAAACUCCACCAUCUUUCCACAACAACAACAACAACCAUAGUAAUAAUAAUAAUCAUAGUUCAACCACCACUACAACAACAACUACAUCCAACAACAAUCAUACUAAAUCACUUGAACAACAAAACAUUGAACACUUGAUGAGACUUCAACAAAAAAUGUUGAAAUCAUCUAAACAAACCACUUGUAUACUCAGUACCGAAAGUAAGCGCGAGAUGGAAUCAUGGACCAGAUUAAUUCUAUCACAAUUCCAAAAACAACAACACUAA